AGAGAGCUCGAGAAAUCGUUUGUUCUGCAGUGCUACACCUGACGCGGCUGCCAUUACGUGCCGGAUCUCUUUCCUGACGCAAUACAAGAAGCUCAUUUCUAUCGCCGUCGAACUAAUUCAAUUGCUGACUUUCCCACUUCACCUUGUCACUUUGUGUGUUGACCUCACGAGCGAUAGUAAAUUCGAAACACUGUCAAGACAAUUCAAAAUGAAGCUCCUCUAUCCAACGUCCAUCACCCUCGACACCAAGAGCCUGGAAGGCUUCAACGUGUCCCUUAUCCCAUACGACAUCAAAAGCAACAUUCCCGACGAGCACACCGACGCCGAGAUCCUGAUAACAUGGUGCAACCCGGUCCCGCAGCUCAAAGAGGAAGCCAAACGUCUCAAGAACCUCCACUGGAUCCAGUCCCUCGCCGCAGGACCGAAUGACGUUCUCAGCGCGGGCUUCGACGCUUCGAAAGUGUCCAUCUGCACGGGCUCCGGCCUGCACGACCACACCGUCGCCGAGCACACUCUGGGACUGCUUCUGAACGCGGCGCGCCGCUUCUUCGAGAUGCGCGACUUCCAGCUCCAAGGCAAAUGGCCCGGCCACCUGGGCGGACCGCAACCGGACAGGCCCGCGGGCAAAUUCACGACGCUGCAGGACGCCAAUAUCCUGAUCUGGGGGUUCGGCAACAUCGCAAAGACCCUGACGCCCUGGUUGACGGCCCUGGGCGCCAACGUCAAGGGCAUGGCCAGACACGCCGGUGUGCGUCAGGGCAUCGAGGUCUACGCCGAGGACAAAUUGCCUGAGUUGCUGCGCACCACGGAUGCGCUGGUCAUGAUCCUGCCGGGCUCGGAAGACACCAAGAAUGUGUUGAACGCGGAGAGAUUGAAGAUGCUGCCCAAACAUGCGUGGAUCGUGAACGUCGGGCGCGGAACGUCGAUCGAUGACGACGCAUUGGUUUCGGCGCUCGAGAAGGGUGACAUUGGCGGCGCCGCGCUCGAUGUCUUUGUCACGGAGCCGUUGCCCGCUGACUCGCCCUACUGGAAGACACCGAAUACGAUUGUCAGUCCGCAUGCGGCGGGCGGGAGGCCGCAGAACCCGGAGGCGUUGAUUGCGUAUAACCUGAGAAGAUUCCUGGCGGGACAGGAGUUGAAGAAUACCGUUUGAUCAAUCACAUGGAUGACUUCCAACACUCUUUGAGAGAUACUAGUACUUAUGUCCAGCUGGUGUGAAAUAGAUAGAGUCUCUCGAGUAUUAUUCAUGUUAAACUUAAGUGCUAAUCGACAUUGAACUACUCGGAUCGGCAUUACAAUUACUAGCACACAGGACAUAGAUGAUAUUCAUGCAUUCUCCC